AGGGGGCGGUAAUGCGCCGGAACAGCUGGUUACCAGCCGCCAAAAAAAAAACAUCACCAAGACGAAGAAGUUCAAAGUUCACCAGGAAGUGACCCUCGUGUUGUCAAUCUGUAAGCUAAGCGAGACAGGAGAGCACUUACACACAGAAAAUACAUUAAAGGAAAGGAGACAGUUUACUGAAUAAGUUGCCAUGGCCUCCUACACCUGCAUCAGCUGCAGAGUGGCUUUCACAGAUGGCGAGGUGCAGCGAGCGCACUACAAAACCGACUGGCACCGCUACAACCUGAAGCGCAAGGUCGCCGACAUGCCUCCGGUCACCGCCGAGAACUUCCAGGAGCGCGUCCUGGCCCAGCGGACGGCCGCCGAACAGAAGCUGAGCGACGCGGCGGCCACCGAGGGCUGCGCCGUCUGCAACAAGAAGUUCUCCAGCGCCAACGCCUACCAGAACCACCUGCAGUCGCACAAGCACCAGCAGGCCGAGAAGCAGGCCCUGCUGGCCGCCCAGAGGAAAGUGGAGAUGAUGAACGAGAAGAAUCUGGAGAAAGGACUCGGGGACGAGAAGGUGGAUCACGAUGCCAAGAACGAGGCCCUGCAGCAGGCCCUGAAGGAGCAGCAGAGGCCGAGCCCGGUCAAGCAAGGCUCAUCAGAAGGAGCGACGAGGAAGAGGGCGGAGAAGCUGGAGAAACCUCCCAGGCUGAUGUGGCUGGAGGAGCAAGCCAAGAGGCGAGAGGGAGAAGACGGAGCCACAGCUGUGGAAGAAGAGUGGGAGGACGUUGAGGAGGAAGAUGACGAUGAGAUGGAGGAGGAGGAGGAGGAGGAGGAGGAGGAGGAGGAGGAGGAGGAGGAUGAAGAGGAGACAAUGGAUCAAGAGGAGGGAGACUCAGCCGCUGCGUCUGACCCCCGACCCCCCGCUCUGCCGGGCUCCAUCCCCGUCACCGACUGCCUGUUCUGCUCCCACCACUCCAAGUCGCUCAUGAAGAACAUCGGCCACAUGACCAAAGUCCACAGCUUCUUCAUCCCCGACGUGGAGUUCCUCGUCGACAUCAAGGGCCUCGUCCGAUACCUCGGAGAGAAAGUCGGUGCUGGAAACGUGUGUUUAUGGUGUAACGAGAAAGGCCGCUCGUUCUACUCGACAGAAGCGGUACAGAGUCACAUGACAGACAAAAGCCAUUGUAAACUCUUCACAGACGGCGACGCUGCCCUGGAGUUUGCAGACUUCUACGACUUCAGGAGCAGCUACCCAGACAGGAAGGAGGGAGAAGAUGCUGAAAUGGCCGAAGAGGAGCUGCCUGAUGACAAAAACCUGGAGUACGACGACGAAACACUGGAGCUGACUCUACCUUCAGGUGCUACGAUCGGCCACCGCUCCCUCAUGAGGUACUACAAACAGCGGUUCGGCGCUCAGAGAGCGAUCGUGCUCACCCACAAUAAGAACGCUGUGGGCCGAGUCCUGCGGCAGUAUAAAGCUCUGGGCUGGGGCGGAGACGCAGGCUCCCUCUACCAGAAACAGAAAGACAUGCAGUACGUACAGAUGAUGAAGUCAAAAUGGAUGCUGAAGCUCGGCAUGAGCAACAACGCCACCAAGCAGAAGCACUUCAGAGCCCAAGUGAUGUUCUAAACUGGGACCGGAGGGAACUGAACGUCAACGAAAUGUGACGUGGACUUUCAAAUUUAAGCUCUUUUGCUACAAGACAUUCAGUACAGCUGCGAGAAUGGCGGUUCCUUGGCACAGCGGCAGAAAGAAAAAUCAAACGUGACGAUCAUGUCACGUCAGCAGUGCUAUUGUGUUUGAAGGAAAUGCAGCCGUGUUGAUGUGAGGUUUAAAAAAACGAUGUUUUUGUAACCUCGACGUGGAGAAACCUUUACCUACUUCUUUGAAUUCUCACAUGAACUUCCAACUCUGUUGUCUCUGUAAAGCUGUGUGGAAAGUGUAGGUCGUCUGUAAAUCUGCUUGAGAAUGACGCGGAGGCUCAAGGAGAGAAGAUCAAGAGCAUGAAUCCCAUUCAUAAAAUUAUUUUGAAACCGUAAAAAUCAAAUCAAAGCUAAAGUAGAUCAGUAUUAAGCAGGUGGUUUAACUAUUUUCGUAACUAUUUUUUAACUUAUUCGACAUACGUUCAUACAUUUUUGUCGACUACUCGAUUAGUUGCUUUAAUCAACAGAUCUUUAAAAAUGAGUUUCUCCACAAAGAAUCAAGCAAGAGCACCACAUUUCUUGGAAAUGACGCAUUCAGCAUGAACACAGCAUAAAACAUUACUAAUCGACUAAAGAACUCUUAGCAGACUAAGACCACAAUGGCUAGGAUUGGGCAUUGAGAACCGGUUCCGUUCUAAAAAUUACAAUUACAAUGCAAUAGCUUCUUUAUUGGAAUCAUUUGGAAAAUUUGGUUUUGAAUCCGAUCAUCGCUUUCAAUUUUAACAUGCGCAAUAUUUGUUUUUUUCUAUUGGCCAGGCGCUUAUUGUGUUUCAGCCACGGAGCACAGUAAGUGGCGCUCUAAAGUGUGGCUGAGAAAGGCCACUAAAGCUGUAACUCACCAUUGAAUAAAAAUGUCCUUAUCUGUGAAAUAAGCAUGUGACCCAUUUCAGCUCCACCCCUCAAAGAAUCGGAAUCGAUAAGAACUGGAAUCAGAAUUGGAACUAGAAUUGUUAAGAUAAAAAAUGAUGCCCAACCCUAAAAAGAGCUGAUUAGUUGACUAAGAGGGGGCAGCCCUACUAUUUUGGACUCAUUCAGUUACGUAACACACAUUUUAUUUUCAAACUUAACGACCAGAUUACAGAUGUAAGAUUCACUGUGCUUGUAAUACAUCCAAACAAAUAAAUGUGUUUCAUAUUUAUUGGAAA